AUUAAAGCAACUGUUCUGCCCCCUAACAGUGCCACAACAAUGAACCGCAAACCACCAUAAUUUCGACAUUCUGACUGGCACAACCAACAAUCAGUCGAGACUAUCCAAUAACAACAAAAUUAAAGGGCUUUAAAUUCUUUGAAACGCGACCUAACUAACCAAUACUACUAGUUUGACAGAAAAAUGUCCCGAGGAAUUCUAGCGGUCGGCACUACUUAGAAUCCGCCACGUGUCAAUAAAAAGGACAAUCAGAUUAUUUCAUGCCUUAAAGAGGGUCCCACCAGAUCCUUAUCUUCAGUAAUAUCCCAACUCGGUACUCGGCAGAAUCUUCAAAAAUAAAAUCACCAUAAAACUACCGAAAAUCCUUUAUCAUCUUCUUCUUCUUCUUCUUCUUAAAAUGAGCUUAGGGUGAGGGUUUUAUUCCACUACAACCAUGUCUAUUUUAACUAACCCCUAAUAACUGUCCCAUUGAAUUUAGAAAGAAAAACCAAAACCCACGAAAAUGUCAACAUCAUCAUCACCGUCAUCAUCAGCCUUCAUGGUGAUCUGUCUCCUCCACUCGGUGAUCGCCUUAUCAAGCGGCGCGCUCAUGAUGUUCAACAUGAAGGAAAUCUACACCUUCACGCACGGGAUAGAGACCGCCACGAAACUCCUGGGCUCGACCCCUCAUGAUCAGCUCUUGAUCCGGACCUCCGAUUCUUUCUCGGGUUUGCUCUUAUUCGCUAUUGGGUUUUUUCUUUUCAUGGUCUCUUUUGUUAAAGACAAGGAGUUUCAAUCCUUCUUUGCCAAAGGCUGCACGAUUUUGCAUGUUUUCGUGGCGAUCUGGAGGUUCUGUUUCGAGAGAAUAGUGGAGGAUUUGGCUUGGGAUUGGCUUAGACAGACAGUUGGCGAUAUUUUGUUAGCUCUUUCUUGGGUAUUCUUUUUGGUUUACUCUUGGAGAGAAAAGUAUGAUUAGAUUUAAUUUUUCUGUUUAAAUUUACAUUUUCUUUUUAGCUGUUUCUUUUUUUUUCUUUUUUUUUUCCUAAACAGUUGGUAUUUUUUAAUUUUUAUUUUGUAAGUUGGAGGUGUAUAUUUUGUGAAGUUCAGAAAUGUGGGUUCUUUUGAAAUGUAGUGUAAGAUUAUUGGGUAUGAGUCAGAAUUUGAGAAAAUUCUCACCUUUGUGUUUUAUUUACACUUGCAAUGAUACAUUUGCUAUUUGUAAAUCUUUCUUUCUUGGUAUUUUUUUUG